GUGAUAAACCUUCAAAAAAUGGUUUCAACAGGCUUAUUUCGGCCGACAAAAGCUAUCCCGCUAUUAUUUCUUCUCUUUUCUCUUUACAAAACUGAGAAAAUCGAUGAUUCUAUUCACUAUUAUGUGUCAUUUACAAGUGAUUCGGUGACAAUAAAAGAUCCACCAACACUGGAAACAGGGAACACUGAGCUAUCCGAUGAUUAUGUGCGAAUUAUGUCGAAAAACAACGAGCGAUUCUUGUGUAAAUUGCCGCAAAUUGAUGUGGAAGUGAAGAAAAACGUGGAAUAUUCGGGAGCGACGGCCGGGAAAUUGCUGGAAACUAUGCUGUAUAAGGAUAAAAUGUGCAGCUAUUUGAUCGAUGUUUAUUGGACUUAUCAGGUUUGCCACGGCCGAUACGUAAUCCAAUACCACGAGGAUAAAAUGUUAACCGGACAAGUCUCGCGUACCGAAUUCUACCUCGGAAACUUUGAUUCCGCACUGACAGCCUCCACAAAUGAGCAAGUAAAGCCAGCGACCCGCCGAAUCGAAAAUGAGGAUUACCCAUACUAUUCAGUGUCCUAUAAUCAUGGAACCUCAUGCGAUGUAACCGGAGGAAAACCGCGUACCACAGAUGUCGUGUAUAUUUGUGUUGAAAAAGUACAACAUAAAAUCCUCUCGGUCACUGAAAUCUCAUCAUGUCAUUAUGAGAUUGUUAUAAUGACUGAUUUAUUAUGCAAACAUCCCGAAUAUCAACUUUCCGAGAAAAAAGAUCAUAAAAUUGUUUGUUGGAAUGAAGAUGCGAAGAAUGAGAAUGAAGCGAAACCUCAGACACUUCAGAGACUUGAUGAUUUUCAUGAUUCGACUUUUAAACGGGAAUAUACCGUUUUUACGGAUCAAGAUCCUCAGUAUUCAGAGAAUACUGAGGAAGAAGAUGGUGGUCUUAUUGAUGAGAAGGAUUUUGAGAAGCUUAAAGAGACUCGGCAGGCUGGGUACAUUUUGGGCGGUGUUAAAAGAUUCAAUACAAAAGAAUCGCUUGCAAAUAACCCAGCUGUCGUUCAUCAUACAGUAAAUCGAAUUCUAACAGGAGAAGAUUGUAUUGUUGGUGGAACUGGAUGGUGGAAAUAUGAAUUUUGUUACGGAAAACACGUUAUUCAAUUUCAUGAAGAUGCGAAUGGACAACGAUCUGACAUUCUUUUGGGAGUUUUUGAUGAAGUUGUACAUAAGGAAUGGGUUAAACUGGAUAGACAUGCUCGCGGAGCUAUUCAGGGAAACAAUCAAAUUGAUCAGAUUAGUCAAAUCUAUGCGAAAGGUGACAUUUGUGAUGAGACUGGAGCACAUAGAGACGUAGAAGUUCGAAUCCGCUGCGCCACCGCCGAUCACAGUGCUCUAUCGUUUUCAAUGCACCUAACAGAACCCAGAACUUGUCAAUACGUGCUAACAAUUGAUAGUGAACGAUUCUGUGAGCCACUUCAAUUUGCCGAUGAUUAUGGAUUAAUUGAGCUGACACAAGUUGCGUCGAGCUCUCAAUCAGCAGCAGCAGCAGCAGCAGCUCCAGUGGAAUUGAGCAUUGAUGAGGAGGAGGAGGAUGAAGCUCAUGAGCAAUCUGAUGAAGACGAUCAUGAUGUUAAGAUUCACGAGGACCUUUAAUUCCAAUUGAUUCAAUUCCCAAAAUAAUUUUCUUUCCAAUUUUCCACUUUUUUUUACCUGUUACCGGUCAUUUUUCUUGUUCCCUUCCAUUCUUCGAGCCUUGCCUCUGUGAUUUACCUGUACUAUGGGGUUUUCAUUGUUUCUAGUUUAAAUUAAAUUAAGUGUAAAUAAAUUAAAUUAAGUGUAAA